CCGGCAGGAGGCCAAACCUGCAACUCAUCAAGCUAGCUCUCUUGUCUCCUCUUGUUAUUUGUCUUCACAGGUUGUUUUAAGUUAACCAAUUACCUCCUUCACAAAUAAUUAAUGGCUGCUUUAAAUGGAGCUAAGAAGAUGAACCUCAACGUCAACGUAGACGGAGCACUAAUGGAGCAAAUUCUGAGCACCCAUCAGCGUCAGGGUGUCAAGAAAUUCGAUCUCAACCCUCUUCUCCAUGCCAUCAAGGAUGUCAUUCGACAUGCAAAAGGAAGUUCGCCAGGAGAGGGAUGCGCGUCCGCCUUCAAAGGGGAUCUGCUCGACAAGCUCCAAGCCAUGGCCUACGAGGCAAUUAAAUCAGUUUCUUGUGAGUUUUCUUGCAAGUGUUCAGGGGCCUCAACGACCAGUGAGGUGGCCAUUGGACUUCUUGAAUCACUGAGAAGCUACUCCUGGGAAGCAAAGGCUGUGAUAACCUUAGCGGCUUUUGCUGCAAACUACGGCUUCUAUUUCUCGAUUUCACAGCUUCAUGGGAGCAGCGAUUCAUUUUCCAAAUCUAUGGCGUUCCUCCAACUAUCCCCAAAUCUGUUGAAACAGACCCCUUUGAAACUCAAGCCUAAGGCACUCAAGGUUGUUGAUGCCAUCCUUGAUCUUGCCAACUACAUUGUUGAGAUCAAGGCCUUCCAAUCUAAGUACGUUUCGAACAAGAUGGUCACUUCCUUUUUCGCCACUCAUGAAGACGAUUUGGUGAAAGCUGUGUACAAGAGCAUUCAGAGUACUGUGGCUUGCGCAUCAAUAUUGAUGAACACAGUGGCCUUGGGAAAUGAGUACAAACCAACAGCAAUGGAGGCUCAAGAGCUUUUGGAUUUGGCGAUGGAGCUAAAGGGCAUACGCAUCACACUCGAGAGUGAAAUGGAAAGUUUGAAGAAACACAUUGAGUCGAUAAUUUUCCGUGACGAUUAUAAAAAGCUCGUCGACUUGUUUGAUCGAGAACACACCAAUAAUAUAGAGAUCAUCCAAGCUCUACUUUACUGGAACGAGUCAGCCGCAUUGAUCUAUAAUUGUUCUACCAGGACACAGGAAGAAUUGAACAAGUUGAGCGGCAAACAUGUGCUGCUAUACUUUUCAAAUCUAGAGCUUCUCUCCAAAGAGGAAAUAUUCAUUCUCCCUAAGAAGGAUGUCACAAAACCGACUCAGUAUGAGAUUGUGUGGGUUCCUAUUGUGGACGAAUCAACCUCAUGGAACGAAGAGAUUAAAAACAAGUUCAUGAUUAUGCGAAAUUCAAUGGGAUGGUACUCCAUUAAUGACCCUUGGAAGCUUAACAAAGCGGUCAUCAAGUACAUCGAGGAGGAAUGGAAGUUCGAUGGGGAGUCAGAGUUUGUGGUUCUCAACCCAAAAGGCAAGUUUGUAAUAUCUGGUGCCGUCAAUCUCUUCUGGUUUUUGGAACAGUCGAGUUUUCAAGUAGAUUACUGGAAGACGAUUCAGCUGUUGCAACAUACAAUGGGAUCAACAGUCAAUAAUUGGAUUAAGGCUGAAAAGCAUAUCAUCCUGUUUGGAGGGAAAGACAUGGAGUGGAUUAAGACAUUUGUAGGCGAAGCUCGAAAAGUUGCGGAGCUUAUCGGAAUAGACUUCGUCAUGAUGUAUGAGGGAAAAAGGGACUUGAAGCUGGCAGAUCCCCAAAACAUUUUGAAACAGUUACAGAAAGACAACACUAUUAUAGUACCUGGAUUCGAAGACCAAAAGCGUUUCUGGGCUACCCUGCAAAGCAUAUUGCUAACUAAGACAAAGACUGGUAAAUCUAUUGUAGAUUCUAGUACAAUGAAUGACAUUGUCACACUUUUGAGCUUUGAUGGAAGUGGUGAAGGAUGGGCUGCGAUUUUCCGUGGUUCAAGCCCCGAGAUGGCCAAAGCCCCAGGUAAGACCAUUCUAGAUAUAUUGAAGAAGUAUAGCGAAUGGGCAGAUCAUGCUAAAAAACAUGGUUUCCUAAAUGCACUGGUUUCGAAGAUUCUGGACGUUAAGCCCCCUGAAGGUGACCAUGAAUGUUGCCACCUGGAGGUUGCAGCCACGAACGGGAGCACCCCUCAGAAGGUGAAAUGCGGCCUCUGUGACCGCACUAUGAAGACCUUCAUUACUUACCGUUGUUGCGGUGAUCACUAAUUAAGCUACAACUAUUCCGCUUUGGUGAUGGACCCAUUAGAAAUAAGUCCAAUUUGUGAACGACUUUGCUCUGUGAAGUUUGUUCAUCGACUGCCACUUAUGUAUUAAAUAAAUAAAUGGGUCUUUGUUCUCGUGUUCUAUCUAAAUAGCGCACUAUUCACUCUAUAUAUGCGCUAUUGACGUGUUGUAAAAAACUUAAAUAUGUUACGAGUUCUCGUGUAAAAAUAAUAUUGUUAACCUUUUAUGUGUAUU